UUAUAAAUGUUGUUAUUGUAAUCAGUAUUGGACUGCAUUUUCUAGAUAAUCUUGAUAAUCCAUCCCCUCACUGCCUUUCAGUUUGACUUGAAUGCAGUCUUGUAUUACACCUAAUAGCAAUGCGGUGAAAUUCUCUGGCCCGUUUGUCAAGAAUCAUUGUGAAAAGCAACAUUGUUGUGAGCACAGGAUAUGCUUUAUAGAGACGAUCCUCGUUGCCACAGCAGAUUGAGGAGUGUAUGAAUGAGGCAUUAGGCUGCUUGACUCUGUGGGACAGUGACUGUGAGAGCGUGUUCAUGAUGGGGCUGCCCUGGCUGCUGGUUUUGGAGCUCGUCCUUUACGCCGGUUGUUUCAUCUGCGGGGUGAUAGCAGCCGCCUGGAUGACACUCACUCAGGGUCACUUUGACGGGCUCUGCGUCCUCUAUGGAAGUGUUCAUUUCAACACAUCAGGCCAGGCUUUGACCGUGGAAGGCUCUAGUUCUCCUUCUGUCUGCUAUUUUGUGUCAGCCAUCGCUGUGUGCAUGGCUAUUUACUGCUUUUCCCUCAUUCUGUACUGGAUCUAUGCCAGCUGUGUGGAGGAGGAUGUGAGAAGAGGAACAGUGUCUCUCAACACGUCUCUGGGAGUCUGUGGCCUUCUUCUGUUUUUGCUAUUGGUAUCAGGAUGUAUUCUCAAGAUCGGUCGGGACAGUCUAUGUUUUUCGGUCCUACACAACGUUCCCUCCCUUAACAGCUGUGAAGAUGCAGAGAAUAAGACAUGGGCCCACCCAUACUCUGGAAAUCAGUUCUACACAGGACUGUACAGUACUGAGAGGUCUAUGUGGGUCAGCUUCUUCUUCUGGAUAUUAAUAACGGCCGUGGUGGUCAUACAGAGACGCCAGAGCUCCAGUUUGAAGGUUUGGGGUGAUGAUGAGUGGAGUCGUGCUGAGACAGAGCCCUUCCUCCAUCGCCCGUCCCGCCAGAGAUAAAUCAUUAACACAUAAAGCUAUCAUGCAGUCUUUAAGUACACAAGCCAUAAUGAAAUGUUUAAUAUCUUUGUGGAACACUUGAAUUUGAACUUAAUCAUUCACAUACACAAUACUGUAUGAUGUUUUAUAGUUACAAUGAUGCACAAAUGUCUUAAGGCAGUGUUUCUCAACCACAUUCCUGGAGGAGCACUAGCUGUGCACAUCUUCCAUGUCACUUUAAGCAAACACACCUGAUUCAGAUCAUCAGCUCAUCAGCAGAGAUUGAAAGACCUGUAAUGGUGUGACGGACAAAGGAGACGUCUAAAACAUGCAGUGUUGGUGGUCCUCCUGCAAUGUGGUUGAGAAACACUGUCUUAAGGUAAUCUCUAGAGAACUGACUGACAUGUCAGUGAGCAGGAUGGAUAUAUGAAAUAUAUGAAAGAUCAGGAUAAAUAGAGAACGGCAAACCUACAGUAAACCAACCAUUAUAUUGCAAAUCAUAGUAAUAAUGACAAGUGUGAGAGGUUUUAUUCUCGAUAGUUGGACAUUUAGUAAAUGAAUAAAUAAAUUGACAUGCAUUACUUUGGCUUGAAAUUAUUUAUUAAAGGAAACUGACUAGAUAAUUACAACAGGCAUGAAUUUAGCACAGCAAAUUAGCUGGGAAAACAAUUAUGGGCAAAAUUUUAAUUAAUAUUUGUGUAAAUGUAACAAUAUUAAUAUUUUUUAUAAUAAUGUAAGCAGUAUUUGUGUAAAUAUUUUGUCUUGUUUUGCGUAUAAACGCUUGAAAGACUGACUUUUCAGCAUUCAUAGUAGGGGAGAGGGGUAAGUUGUCACACUUUUCAUACAUUCGAAGUUAUACUGAGCACUAUACAUCACAAUGUAAUAAAUGACAUACCAAAUGAAAAAAGGAAGUCUCGGGCAGAUAUUUUGUAUUCAUUAAAUUAUCAUAUCUUAUCUCAUCACGGAGCUGUAGAGUGUUGAAUGGAGAAUGUGCACAAUCUGCCCCAUCAGCAGGUAAGUUGUCACACUAGAUUAUCUGAAAAUAAGAACACAACUACUUAUGUGUGAUUAUUGAUUUUAAUUGUUAAAAUCAAAACAAAACUUAAAAUGUAAAUAAUCAAGCCUAGAGGGUUUGGAAAAAAAUAUUUCAAACAAUACACAUGUAAUUCAAAACAUUUAACAGACAAAACAAUUUUACUUUGAAAUUUAAACUCAAAUGUUCUCUGGCUUGCGCAUAGAUCCAUGAUAACUGAAUGGAAUGCUGCAGAUAACUUGCAUAACUUAACAUCUAUUUACCCUUCGAACAAAUUGAUGCCCUGUGUCGGAUUUAGGGCAGAGUUGGUGCUGGGACCUUGCAGGGAAGAGUUGGUGCUGAGGCCUGGCAGGGAAGAGUUGGUGCUGAGACCUGCAGGGCAGAGUUGGUGGCGAGGCCUGGCAGGGUAGGGUUCUGAUUAAGGCAAUCUGUGACGUAGGAUGGUGCAAACUUGGUUUCCAGAAAUACAUUUCUGUUGUAAGGUUGAGUCCCAGCCAACCUAAACCCAAUCUGAAUAUUCAGCAGCCAGAGGAUAGGCAAUUGCCACAAUGCCAGGAAUACCUUCCUUCCUUAAUUCCUGCCUUUCCUUGCUUAAUUCACAUGUGACAUCUUUCCCCAAAGUCAAUGAGACAACUUACCCCAAACUGACAUUUGUGCUAAUGUUGGCGAAAUGUUAGGGUUAGCCUAACGUAGCAUGUCAGCAAACGUAUCAAAAGACACGUUACUGUCUCAUCUAUGUUGUGCGAAAUAACUAUUUUUAACAUCUAUACCUAACAAUGUUGUACUGAAUAAAAUUUAAAGUGAUUUGUUUUUACUUUUUAGGGUAAAAAAUAAGAAAAGUGUGCUAACCUCAGAUUAGAGCAAUCUAGACCACAUGUGAACAGGAGGUUGACUAUAAAAAAGCAGUCAUGCAAAGUGGCUAUUUGAUUUUUAAGAUAGCACCUCUUGUGUUAGAGUUAUGAACAGUGUGACAACUUACCCCGCUCUCCGCUACCUGUUACAUUUAACAUUAGAGCUAAAUAUAAAAAUGUCUUUGUACAUAUUUAUGUUUGUUUCUUGCAAAAUUGUAGUGAAAGUUUGUUCUCAGUAUAUCAAAAUUGCUUCUUUACAAUUAUGUGCUGUGGGGUGUUUGGAUGAUUAAAUUAAAAAUAGAUACAUUUAAGAUUACAUUCACAGUUUAAUUUAGCUUAAUAAUUCCUAACCAACCAUCACCAGAUUAAAAAAAACUAAGGAGGUUUUCAAAAAAUACCUGACAUCAGCCAUUGGUCGAUAAACUGAUAUUGAAAUUGGUUGAGGGAUGCAGUUGUGUACAACAAUUUUGUAUUCCAGAACAGGUUGCAUCACGUUGUUGGAUAUCAUUUAAAUACACAUUUGACUUGUGUGACUCAGGCUGAAUUUCAGCUUUGUUGUGCAUCAUUUUUUGUGUUAUGUGUUCAAAAUGGAAUGUAUUAACAAGUCUACAAUACAUAUACACUCA